CGCUACAGUAAGGUACCACCACGGGGUUGCCCUUGAUUGUUUGAUGGCUCUCCUUUCUCGUACGAAAAAACGCGAGGGGAGUGGGUCAGCGGUGCGGUGAUGCAUCCCCGCGUGCGAGGAACGGAGGCGGGGGGCGGGUGUUGCGGCGAUGAUUCAGACCCCGGACGCUGGCCGAGGCGCACCGAGGGCAUGCCUGUCUGGGCGUCGUACGUCGUCGUCUUAGAGUCGAGAGCUGCUUGUUUGCAUGUUAGUGACGUCAGCUUCUGAAAACCAGACCAUGGUACUAACGGGUACGGUACGUAUCUAACGUAGAAGAAGUACGAGUACCGUAGCGAUCUUCGAUGCGAUUCGUGCGCCAGUAGSAAAGAGCGAAAGAACACGAACACAGAAAAUCACGGAUCACAAUCAUUGAAACAGAUACCUCCUGGUUUUUCUAUGAAUUUCAUGUCACCUUCUGAAAUCAGAACAAGUACUUCUGAUAGUUGAAAGUACUAGUUGUACUACUCCAGAGGUCAUGGUAGAAUGAGACAACUUGUUCUCUUCAAACGGAAAUUGCAGGAAAUGGUGUUUGAAUCUUUUCUGGAUUUGUAUCUCCUUGAUCUUCUUUUGUGUUAACAGAUAUGGUAUGAUGCUAGAGGUAAAACUAAACUACAUGAAAGAAAAAGAAGUUCUGAUUUUUCUAUUUUUUGAUUAAUAUGGAUUGGUAUUUUACAGAAAUAUCUCUGCCCAGCAAGGCUACCGAAACCUACCAACUGGGGACAGCUUGUAUUKGCAUUUUUAGAAAGGGUUUCAAAAUCUGGACUGACUGAGAGGAAGUACCCCAUAGACGCACGAWUGGAGUUGAGUAAUUAGCUAUAUUGUGUGUGAUGUUUGUGAGUGUGCUCUGUGCGUAGUGUAUGAGGUACGUGAAGAAAGCUCGUUCUUCGCCGAUGGCAACACCAGUUGCGUGUUCCACCACCAUAGACUGCGGAGCUCCGUGGAUCGUACCGUGAUCCACCGUGGACACGAGACAUGGGUUCGAUCGCGUCUCAUAGA